AUGAGAAUAAGAAAAACAUGGUGUACACUGUGUCGUGAAAACUUUGAAGAUGGAGACGAAUGCAUCCAAUGCAAACAAUGUAAGAAGAAGUUUCACAGGGAGUGCCUACAGGCAGAAGGGCUAAUUGAUAACGAAAUAUUGAAAGAUAUAAAAAAUUACCUUUGCUACCAGUGUAUGAAUGAGGAUGAUGAUAUACCAGAAAAUGAAGAUAGGUGUAAAAUAUGUCGAGAAAAAUCGUCUAACUUAAUUUUGUUACUAUGUGAUGGAUGUCCCAAUAGCUAUCAUGUAACCUGUUUAGGUCUGCAGGCAGAACCGGAGUCGGAAAAAUGGUUUUGCCCAGUGUGUAAACCGGAGGAACACAAAAAUUUGGAUGUGAGACGGAUGCGGAAAGGAUUUGCUAUUGAUAAUAUGAAUGGUGAACAUGUGAAUUCUUCCACAUGUUAUGUAUGCCAGAGACCGGGGAAAUUGCUUGGCUGUGAUUUCUGUCCUAAUUCAUUUCACCCAACAUGCUUGCCCGAUCUAGAUUUUGAUAAUAUAUCAGAUCAGUGGGAAUGCCCAUGUUGCAAAAAUGAAGACCCGUUACUAAACCAGGGACAUAAGAGGUGGACGAAACAUGAAAUUCAGGAAAUUAUGAAGAAGAGACAAAGAGAGCUAAGCUUUUGGAGGUCGAAAAUCAUAAAGUAUCGAAAUCGAUUUCUUCUAGCACAUAGGAAAGAUUUACAACCCUUUGUGAACCCCCGAGUCUUUGCAAACCUUACCAAAACGUUUAAAAAUGAUUUUUACAACUCGAGGAGUAGCCAUACUAGUGCGCAUAGCAGUGGAGGUAGAAAAGGAGGGAAACACUAUGACUCGGAUAGGAAUUAUCAUAGCGGGAGUAACUCGAGGAAGGAUGUAGAUAUGGAUUCUAAAGAGUUCAACGAAUAUAUUUCAUCCCUUGAAGAUGAAGCGAAUGAAAAUGCAUGCAAAUUUAUCGAGUCUGUAUUUUUAAGUGUUUACUAUCCGAAUGGACGUAAAAUCGAGAGGCGGCCACUGGUGGACAAUGUACAGUUAAAGCCGCAUCAGGAGGACGGUGUCGAAUGGUUAUUAAAGUCUUUCCUCACAGGAGGAGCUAUCUUAGCAGAUGAAAUGGGACUAGGGAAAACUAUACAAACUUUGUGUUUUCUGUCCUAUUUAAAAUGUAACAAAAUCGAUGGUCCUCAUUUGAUCGUCGUGCCUUUAUCCACCGUGGGUAAUUGGCUCCGGGAGAUUCAUAGAUUUACACCGCAUCUUACGUGCAUUAAAAUAUGUGGUUCUAAAAAUGAAAGAACUCAUGCGAAGGAGGAUCGACUAGCCGAGAAGGGGCUAUACGAUUUGUACGUAACUACCUACGAAACAGUAAAAAAUGAGGAGGAAUUUUUCGUGGAAACUAUUCCCAAGUGGCAAUGUAUAGUUUUGGAUGAAGCCCACAGGAUAAAGAAUCAAAGUGGUGCCAUCCGACAUUCAAUGGAUAGAGUCGUGGGCAACAUGCGAUUGUUGCUCACGGGUACUCCGUUGCAAAACAAUUCAGCGGAGCUGUUUACUCUCAUUAAUUUUAUGUUCCCAGAUAUAUUUAAAAAUUCAGAAAUUAUCGAGCAGGCCUUUAUGAACGCAUCUCAGCAGAGCACUGCUGCGGGCAGUAGUCAUAGUGGCAGUGCAGGCAACAAUCAAAAACAUAAUAACAUGAAGAAUAAAAAUAAUAAGGAUGAUAAAAGUAACCAAAAUGGGAACGCGGGUGGAAGUGGAUCGAAACUCAACGUCAACAUUGGCAAUAUUGAUCUCAAGUCUGCCAUAAAGGAGGAGGAUCUAAAGUCGAUACGAUGUCUUUUAGAUAAAAUUAUGUUGAGGAGAUUAAAAGAGCAAGCUAUUACGUUGCCGAGAAAGAUUUUCCAUGAUGUUUGGUUACCGUUGGGUACUCUGUCUGCUCACUGGUAUAAGAGACUGCUGGACAUUCGAUCCAUGGUGGAAGAAAAAGUUAGUGUGAAAAAGUUACUGGGGCUGGUGAUCAAAAUGAGAAUCAUUUGUGGCCACCCCAAAGGAAUAGUUAGUCGACCUUCCCAAAUGGAAAAGCUUUUUGCAUUCUUCGAAGAAGAAAGUGAAGAAGUAAAAGAGCAAGUAAAGAAUGAUGCGUUAAAGUUGAAGCACAUAUCUGGAGAGGAGCACAUCGAGUCUUCCUCGAAGCUUAUCUUCAUCGACAAGCUAUUGUGCCAACUGCAUUACGAAAAUUGUAAAUAUGUUAAAAACUACUCGUCUAGUUUUGACAAGCACAAGAAGGAAGUUGCUGCUUAUAGGUACCACAAAAUUCAGGAACAAAAUAACGCCCAGAAAAAAAAAAGAGAACAUUCAGGGAAGUUUAAAAAGUUAGAAGCGCUGGAAAGUAGCCCUAUGUUUAUGGAAAUUUUGAAUCAGGGAAAAUUUGAUUUAAAACCCACGUCCGAAAAGGAAGAUAUGCUUAAAGGCUUCAUGCACACGGUACCCAUUGAUAAUGAAUGCCCUUAUAAAAAGAAAAGGUGCAUCUAUGAUAAGGUCCAGGACUUUGUUAAAAAUAAUUUAGUCAAUGGAGGUGGAAAGUCCAUUGGAAGAAGAACCAAAAUUUUGAAGCGUCCUAAUCACACUCAUGAUCUGUCCGAGUACCAUUACCGGGGAAACUCUGGCCAAGGUGGUACCACCAGAAAAAGAGCUUAUGGUGAGAAUAAUCUGUUCAAUGAGGACUCCGAUGAGGAGCACGAUGAUAACGAUGAUGAGGAACAGGAUGACAACAAAGCAGAGGUGCGCAAAAAUGGCAAAAGUGACACGGGGGAUGACGCCGAGGGGGAGGAGGAUGCAGACGAUGAUCAGGAUAACGCCGAGGAUGAGGACAACACCCAAGCGCAGCACUCCAAGCAGCUGUCUCAAGGGGAAGAUAAUGAGGAAGAAGAGGAUGAUGAUGAGGAUAGCAGCGGACAGAAUAAGGACAGUCAUAAGGGAAACACAAAGGAAAGCACCAAUACCCUGUUCGAUAGUAACAAUGAGGUAGAAGAUGAUGAUGACUCGGACGAGGAGAAAGACAAAGCACAGGAAGAAUACGAGUGCGAUGAGCACAAAGCGGAUAGCGUUGCGGUGCAGUCCGGUGUCAACGUGAAGGACGAACCGAAUGAGGAUACUAGUGAUAAUGCCCAAAAUAUUGUCACCUCCGGGAACAACUGCAAAAUGAUGAACAUAAAGGAUUUCUUUAAAACUCAAAAGAAGGAUUCACCGAGUAGCUUGGAUAAAUCCAACGAGCAGUCGACGAAGAUGUCUGAUAAGGGCGAUUCUAGGAGGACCGACCUGGAGGACGCGAAAAAGGAGGAAGAGGGCGACGAAGAGGGUGGCGAAAACUCCUGUGCGCACAGUAAGAUGGGAAGCGAUGAAAAGACGAAAUAUGCAGAUGUACUGAUCCCGAAGAGAGAAGAAGGGGUAGACCAACGGAACGCAGCAGAAUAUCGGGCAGAUGGAGGAGAAGUCAGCCCAAAGGAUAAUAACCAAAAGAGCACAUGUGCCAAUGACGGGAAAGAGGACAAUGCAGCUGAGGACAAAUCCAACGGAGGAGAAAUCAAAAUGCACAAGGUGCUAAUUUUUACCCAGUUCCAGUUGGUAUUAGACGAGUUGGAAGAGUAUUGCAAGUACAGGUGUUGGAAGUAUAUGCGGCUGGAUGGGUCAACAAACAAGCUGAUCAGAGAGUUAGACAUUCGGGAAUUUAACCUAACUGAUAGCAUUUAUUUUAUUUAUUUAAUUAGUACGAGGGCAGGAGGACUGGGAAUCAAUUUGACGGCAGCUAAUCAUGUAAUUAUGUAUGACGAAGAUUGGAACCCAUUUAUCGAUCUUCAGGCAAUCGAUAGAGCCCACCGUAUUGGCCAGAAGAGGGAAGUGAACGUGUGGAAGCUCAUGACGGAGUGGACUGUAGAAGAAAGGAUGGCAUUUAGAAGAGAACAGAAAUUGAAAUUGGACAAGCUAGUUGUUCAAACACAGGACGAUGAAGAUAUGCUCGACAACUUUGAAGAGAAACUAUCCUCGGAUGAGAUUAGGAAGCUAAUGUUACAUGGGAAGGCAGCUAUACAGAACAUGGACGUGGAAAACACGAACAAUUAUCCUCUGGAAUUUUUCAUAGAGAGGGGAAGAAGAAAGCUACCCAUUAUAAAUGGGGUUGAUUUGGAGAAGGUGGAGAAAAGUACCAUAGAGCAAGAAGUAAAUAAUAAUGGGGCAGAAACAGAAGAUGGCAACAUUUGUAUACAGAAAGGUAGAGGUGGUGGAAAUGGGGAGGACAGCGAGGUUGAUGACGAGGAUGGAGGUGAUAACGAUGAUGAUGAUAACGGAAUAGACAUAGAUGAGGUUAUGAUGGAUGAGGCGGAAGAACUCGAAAUGAGACUUAGCACAGUUAAUAAUAUGAAUGAUAAUAGUCCCCUGUAUGGAGAAGGAAACGACCAAGUGUACGUCACAGGUGGUAGUUCCAAAUCGAAGGGAAGUCUGUUAAAAGAUGGCACUGGUGCAGGGGAACCGCUCAGUUCGCAGUACAGUUCGACCAACAUAAAUGGAACAAGUGGUGGCAAUGCUGCAGCAGGGACCGGAGGUUCCGAUACGACCUUGUGGAGAUCUGUAAGGGAAAGGAAAAAGCCGCAGAAUAUGUACACACCAGAGUACUGGGGAAGGAAACAAGAAGUGAAACAAAUCAAGCAUGAGUACAGAUGCUUCAUUUGUAAUAACACGAAAAAUUACAAAGCGGUGGUGAAGGACCGAAACAAUAACGAUAUCGAAAUUGACUACGGAGAUAUGAUCAACUGCUUUCGAUGCCCCAAAACUUAUCAUAAGUUAUGUGAGGGGAUUAAGGAUGAAAAUGUGAAGAAGACAUGGACUUGCAGCUGGCAUGAAUGUUGCCUUUGUUUUAGAAAAUCAUCUCAGUGUGGUAACUUACUAAUCCAUUGUGCCACGUGUCCCACAAGUUUCUGCUAUAAUUGUUUUCCUCCAGAUUAUGUGCGUUAUUAUGUUGGUGAGGAGUAUUAUCACAAUUUACGGCAGAGGGGAGUAAACUUCACUCCGCAGAACUGGGUGUGUUUUUUGUGUUCCAAAUGUAAGGCCGUAGAGGAACAGAAGAAGCGAAGAAAGAUGACCAAGGAGGAAAGAGAAAACGAGAAGCAGCUACAAAAGGAACUGAGAAGCCAACUGCAUGACAGCAAACAGGAAGAGUUAGAAGCUAAGAAAAGAAAGAGAGCUCAGCAAAUGGAAAGAGAUAAAUUCAUCAUAGAAAAUAGAAAGCGAAUAGAUGCCUUGGACCAGAAAUAUGAAUCACAACUGAGAAGUUCAUAUGAAAAUUUAUUUCCUGUCAAUUUUGUUAAGGAAUUAAUUAAUAGAAUUGAACAUGCAAAAGUGCUAAAACAGAAAGGAAUUGAAGAUGACAACAAGGAAUCGAAUAAGAAAAAGUCCACUACCUUUUUGCAUACGAAAUUGCCUCAUAAACUUCUUGUCCUUUGUGAAAAUUGUAAACUUCCUUGUCAUGCGAAUUAUAAGUACCCAGGACAGUGUUGCUACCCAUUAGAGCUGGACAAAUCGUACUUUUACGCGAACGCGUCUUUUACCCAGUCGUCUCAAAAUAAUAAUGUGCCCCCUUCUGGGUGUAGCACUUCUGACAAAGGAAUUGCGCUAAAUGGUAAAGACCCCUCUUCUCCUGUUUCUGCUGAAUUUAAGAAAGAGAAAGCAGAACAUAACAAUGAGGAGAAGGAUGCGUCCAACAAUGUUGCGACGAAGGAGGAGAAUGAGGAAGACGGUGAAAAGGGAACCCUAUUUUUAUCUCAAGGAGUAUCUCCCCCUAUGAGGGGUAGCUCAAACAAGGAGGACAGUAAAAAAGGCUACGGUUUGCAAGGUACAAAUUCUUUCACUUUUAAAGCAAGUAAUAGUAUAAUGACGAGCGGAGAUGAAGACACCACAGGUACGUAUGACAAACAUGGAGGUGGUGGCAUGCAGGGAAAUACCAGCGAUAAUACGUUGAGCAGAAAGAUGAUCAAAUUUGAAAUCGAUGAGAAGCAGCAACAGGAUUUUACACGUAGCACCUGUUUUGAUAAAGCCGAGAGUAAGGAUAAUGAGGAGGACGAAGAGAACGUCCAUGAGAAAAAGCUAAACAGCAAGAGGGGCGUCAUGGGAGAGGAUCAUUUCAACGUGGAGGAUAAGUCUAACCAAGGGUCGAGUGAAAAUGUGAAGUUGAUGAUGAGCACCAUGGUGUCGUCAGAUAAUAAUGGCAGUGAUGUGAAGGGAGAGAAUAAUUUACUAAAUGGCAGUACACCAAACAAUAAUAAUGACGCGAAUUCGAAGGGAAAGGCAAGACGGUUUUUGCGAGCUGUAUGUUCCAAGUGUGGCACCGUGCAGUUGGGAAAAUUGGCUCACUUUAGAAAGCACUGUGAUAAAUUAACGGACGCAGAAAAACAAGAAUAUGAGGAUAAACGAGAAAAACUAAAACAACUCAUCGAAUUGUUGAAUAAGAGAAAGAUACCGGAUGAACAUACAGAAGAGGAGUAUAAAAAUAUGUCUAUUUUUAAAUUCAAAAGUUUAUAUAGUCACUUCCAAGAUAAGGCGGAUGAUAUUUUGGAGAAUUGCAUCCGAGAGAUGAAGUGGGAUAUGCUAAUAUCCUCCAAGAAAAAGGUCGUGAAAAAGGAGAAAGAAUCCAAACGGGGCAAUAGCAGUAGUGGAGGCGGAGUUUUUAGCCCUUCAGGAAAAAUGGAUGAUGACAGGAAUGAGGGAAAUCCCAGUAGUGUAGGCAGGUCCAUGAGUAAAGCAAACCUCACACAUUUACUAUGUAGCCAACCGCUAAUUAUAAACUCGGAUGGCUCAGACACAAAGGACAUCAUAGAAAUAAGAAGUGACAUAACGGAUGAAAUGAGGGAAAGAAUAAACGACGAAAUAUCAUCCAUGACUGGGAAGAGAAAAAAGUGUGUAAAAAAUACCGUUAAAAAGAUAAAGAAAAAAAAAAUGAAUGACAACAAUGACAUGGAAGAAUCAGCGAAUGUAAGUAAGUCACAAAAUGAAAAUGCAAAUAAUAUGAAAAAACUAAAUUAUCUAAUAAAUCCAUUUCAUGAAAAAUUAAUUAAAGAUAUUCACAACGCCAAUUUUAUCAGAGACUCAUUUAACGAUGAUUUUUUACUGAAAGCAAAGGAAUUUCUAAGAGUUACAAAGAAGAAAUUAAUUAAUAACUCGUUUGUAGAAUGUGGUGCAGGCGGGUCAGGGGGAGCAGCCGAUGUAGAUUUACUGAAAUGUGUCGAUAAGAAUAGGAAGCUGAACCAAAGUGAUGUAGAACAAUCAAUAAUUCAGAAUUACCUCAAUAAGAUGAAGAGCUCCCUAAAGAAUAGUACCUACUUGGAGAAAGGCAUUCCUGGGGACAAGGUAGCCGAUGUGACUUAUGCCAAGUCCCGCAUAAACAGUAAUACGAAUGCGAGUCACGAUAACAAAAUAAGUUUUAACCCCGAGUUGUAUGAAAAUAUGUUUGAAAAGAACACCAAGUAUUGUAUGUUCACUAAUAAGGGUUCCAGUACGUCCACCACACCUGGGCGGAACGUCAAGGACGUUGCAGCCUCUUCCCUGUUCCGUCCCGUGAAGAGCAUCGAGAAGGCAGAUGAAUUUAGUAGACACCGUCACCAUAACAGCAGCAACAACUUUGCCUCCAUUAACGACUUUAAUGUUGAUAUUUUUAAUAUUGACAAGAAUAUAAAAUGUGAAGAUAUAGAAAAGAAAUUGCUAAACCUUUGUGCCAACACCAACUUGAUGAAAAAAAAAAUGAUGCAAGCUGAUAGGCAUGAAACUAAUCCUGAGAGAAGUAGUUCCAUGAACAUGGACUCAAGAACUAGUUUUCAUUUUAAGAGAAGCGAACCCGCUUACCAACGAGUCACCUCGUGUGGUGCGGACGGAAAUGUGGACUAUGACAUAAAAAAAAUUACGAGUUCAUCCGAGGCCUGCGGCAAUAACAAGGUUCAGGAGUACAUUCUCUACCGUAGGAAGAAGCCGAGCAACAGUUCCAGUGCCUGUGGGGAGAAGAACAGCAUGGGGAACGCGAAGGAUGGCACAGCGGGAAGCGCCAGUGCUAAGGGCUUGAGCAAUGUGAAGCGUCCGGUCAUGAUGAAAAGCGCCAGCAACUCCAAAAGUCCAGGUAAUAUGAGAAGCCCAGGCAAUGCCAGAAGUCCCAGCAGUGCCAAGAGUCCUAGCAAUACCAGAAGUCCUGGAAGCAACAAGAGUCCCGGAAAUGUUAGAAGCCCCGGAAAUGCUAGAAGCCCCGGAAAUGCUAGAAGCCCUGGGAAUGCUAGAAGCCCUGGGAAUGCUAGAAGUCCUGGAAAUGCCAGAAGUCCCGGAAGUGCCAAAACACCCAGCAACUCAAGAAACACGACCAAUGUAAAGAACGCAAGCAGCAGCACCACCAACAACAGCGACGACAGAAGUAGCCAAAGCAACAACGCGAAUAGAGCGCACAGCGAGUUCAUGAGCAUCCGAAAAAACCCAAGUAAAACUCUCCCUCAAGGCCAUACGAACAAAAUGACCACCAUCACUAGCGAAAACAUUUUGCAACACCUAAAGUUGGAUGACGUGAAAAAUUUUAUCAUGAGUGCUGAGAGAAAUAAGAAUGAUAAGCUCCCUCCGGAGGUGAACUGA